CAAUCGCUGCGUAGCCUCGUCUAGGGGCCUUUCAAGUCACUCGUUAUCGUCACUCUUUUGUAACAAUGUUCAGCGAAACCCUCGUUGCAGUCCUCCUCCUGCUCGAAGGCGUUGACUCCCACCGGCAUCAUGGAUUUCAUAGCCACGGGGAAUUGAGACGCUCAGUCAUACAUAGCCCAAGAGCAGACGAAGAAGCAGCGAGGCGAGGAUCAGACAACGUUUUUGUGAAAAUCUCCCACGACCGGCCAAUUCUAGUCCCAUCAAGAGCAGAUCAUCCCCAGAAGCCUGUCGGAGUCGAUAACAAAGACAGCCCCAUCCAAACCAACAAGUUCUACGCGAACUUCUUCGCAAACAACCAAGAUAAUGCGACGUGGACUCACCCUUACUCGGUCUGGUGGUCCAACGAUACCGUCAAGCAGGGCCAUGGGCUGUCAAUUUCUCAUACGGAUCGGCGCGACUUCAUCUACGGGCCUGGAGAGCCCGUUCAAUCUUUCGAGGAUCCAUUCUUUGAUCAGUCUAUUGCCCUUUCGGCGCGAGAGCUGCAGAAUGGAACGGUUUUGACUACGGACUCAUUGACAGCGUUCUCCGCCAAUGUCAACCUUGCAACGAGAAAAGGCGCCAAAGCGCUUGUCUCAUUUCCCGUAGUUCAGGGGAUGGCGUUCGUCACAGGCAUUUAUAACGACGCCACCGUUCUCAUCCAGUCUCAAAAGCAAUUCUAUAACAUCACCGACCUUCGCUUGAGUCCUCAUGGCCUUGGGGCCACAGUAUAUGGGUGGAAUGCUCGGUUGGGCGAUGGGUCGAACUGGUUGAUCUACCUUAAUCCAACUAUCACGUCUGAGAGACCAACUCUUCGAAUGACCGAUAAAGGAACCAUUUUGGGUCCAAAACAGUUCACUGGAACUGUUCAAGUAGCCAAGAAUCCAGCAGGCAGAGCCGGCAUCGACGUCUUCAGCAAGGCCGCUGGGGCAUACCCGGUUGGCGCCACACUCUCGGGCUCUGUGUCUGGCAAGACUGGAACCUACACCCUGGCGUGGGAAAAGAAGGGGAUAAAGCAACAAUCACUUCUCAUGUUUGCUUUACCGCAUCAUGUCAAGUCAUUUGACACAAAGACAGCCAGGGGUCUCACGAAUAUCACACUGGCCAGUACGACCAAGGGGAUUGCCACAGCUACGCUUGCGGACGAGUUCACCAUGGUGGAACAUGACCUUCCAACGGACAUUGGCUUCGAUCCGUGGUCACCUCGUCUCGGAUCAGUAGGAUCCGCGGGCUCAGCGGCAAUGGUUUCAGAAGACGCUAAAACAGCCAUUAUUAGUGCAGCGAAGAUCGAGCUUGCUCGGGACAUUACGACCCUGACCAACUUGACAUCCAAGUACUAUGCUGGAAUUGCCUUUUCAGUAUACGCGAGGGCGAUUUAUGCUGUCAACAAUAUUGCCGGCGAUACUUCAUUCACGGCUAGCUCACUCACCAAGCUUGAGGCUGCGUUUGACAAGUAUGUCAACAAUCAAGAGCCAAACCCCUUAUUUUACGACGACGUAUGGAAAGGCCUGGUCUCUUCGGGAUCGUAUGGCAACAACGACUCUUCGAUUGACUUUGGUAACACAUAUUACAACGAUCACAACUUUCACUACGGCUACUACGUGUAUGCUGCUGCAAUUAUUGCGCACUUCAACCCAUCUUGGUUGACAAAGAACGAUGGCCUAAACAAGAUUUGGGUCAACAAUUUGAUCCGCGACUGGUCCAACCCAUCGACUGAAGACCCUUUCUUUCCUUUCUCACGAAAUUUCGACUGGUUUCACGGCCACAGCUGGGCCAGAGGCGUCCUAGAGGCGCCGGACGGCAAAGAUCAAGAGUCCUCGGCCGAGGAUGCCUUCUCGACGUACGCGAUCAAGAUGUGGGGCAAAGUUAUUGGUGACGCCAAGCUCGAGGCCCGAGGCAAUCUUCAACUUGCGGUGACGGCGCGCAGUCUUCAAUCGUACUUCCUCAUGGCAAGCGAUAACGAUGUGCAACCGCCUAACUUCAUCGGCAACCGCGCCACGGGCAUUCUCUGGGACAGGAAGAUCAACCACACGACGUACUUUGGCGACGAGAUCGCCUAUAUUCAGGGCAUUCACAUGCUUCCAAUUGUGCCGAGCAGCGCAUAUGUACGUAAGGCUUCCUUCGUGCGUGAGGAAUGGGAUCAGUACUUUGCUGGCAACAAGUCGGGGUCUCUCACUAGCGGUGGUUUCGCGGGCCAUGUGUACGCGAACCUCGCGAUUGCGGAUAUGGCUGGUGCGGUUGAGAGUUACGAGUUCAUGAAGAAGCAAACCCCUAGCAGCCCCUACCUCGACGGGGUGAGCUUGACUUGGAACCUCGCUUACACGGCGGCGUUGGGAGGCAGCCUGGGAUCUAACUCGACUUUGAACUCAACGAGCGGAGCGGUCUAA